AUGGCACCUCCGCUGAUCUACAAGGCCUACACAAGUGGGCUCAAAAGAGAGCUUUUUCGCACGCUAUCUGGAAACUUUAAAUCCACACCAACUCCCUCGAACUACGAACAAUGUGCAGUGACAAAAGAACCUUUACACGCUCAAAAGCUUAUUCCACUUAUUGCAGACCGCGCCAGUGGCUACUCUAGUCGGGCUCGACUAGUUAAGGAGAUAAUACCAGAGCUUUCUUUUCUUUCAGCAGAGUCGGUCCUGGAACUGUGGGACGGCGCUAACGACCUAAUUGCGCCUGAGAUUCCGUCAAGUACCCGAGCAUAUGGUUUAGAUUUGUUACAUGCUUGCAUUGAGCGACUGCUACCUGUCAUGAGCGAAACACUUAGACUUGCUUUCUUCUACAACAUCAUGGACAAUUGUGGUGUUGCUGACGAGAAAGCUGGCAAAGCAGAAAAAGAGCUACACAAGGUCAUCAAGUCCCUGGACGCACUGACAUGCCAUGGGACACGCCUUGAGUCUAUUCUACGUGCAGAUGAGAGCACAUGUGGACUUGAAGAUUUUUUCGAAAGUAUAUUUGCAAGCAUAUCGGUGGGCGGAGAGCCGAAACCACCACAUCAAACGGUUGUCAGUGCUCUUCGUUUUGCCGAGAGCUGUGCGCGGCAUGGUGUACCGAUUACUGAUGAGCUUAUUAGCUGCGUUGUCACAAUAUCAAGAGGUUGGGAUGAAAAUGAAGUACGAAAAGGCGCUCUUGACCUACUGAAAGCAGCAUUUAGCGAAAGGCCUGUGGAAUCGAAAGAGCUAUCACGCUCUGUUUUACAAGCGCUACUGACGAUAUAUCACGAAAACAAUGAGCUAUCUGACUCUGUUACCGAAACUCUACAUUUAGCACUAUCCGGCCAAAAUGGUACACAACUACUGCCGCUUUUUCUUGAUAUGGGUUUCUUUGACGGCGGUAACACGGAUGUUAGCUAUAUUUCGCUUCUAGUUUCGUUACUAACUGUUGACAAUGUGGAGGGCCUAUGGCAAAAGUGCGGUUCAAGUCCGCGACACAUUGCGGAACUACUUCUCCGCCUUCUUAGGCAAGAAUUUAAUAAGCACAGCAGCUCAAAUAUCAGUGCUUCACAGCUUUUUGGCAAUAUUCUAUGCCUCCUUGAGAGUGAAGAAUUUCUGCGAUGGAUUUCUAAGUUCCGUGGCUUUUGGUUAGUCUCAGAAGAAGAACCUUCCAUUCAAGACCUGUUGACACCAUUUCUGCAGAAGGUUGAACUGGACGAUCUCGAUGUAAAGUACCUGAGAAUGAUUUUCAACCAAAUAUUGAAUAUUUCGCAAAGCGGAAACUACAAGCUUUUUGGCAUCAACGAGUUCAAAGACAUCUUUGAAUUUUUGUUCGCUUACAGUAGACAUUUGAAUGAUUCAUUGGCUAACCAACUGCUGGAUCUCCUAGAUCAGUCUACAUCGGAUGCAGUUUUAGUGGAUGGUCUGGUUCACGAUAUAAUAACCCGAGUUUAUCUAGCAGAUUUCGGAACAAAUGUGCGGUGUCGAACCCUUGAAGUCAUAGAAAAAUGUUGUUACGAGAUUAUUUCGAAACGGAAACAGUGGGAUAGUUCGCUUUGUCGGUCACUAAAGCACCUUUUUUCAAUGCUUGAAACAGAAAAGGAUAACACGGUUGCCCUCAAACAAAUAGAAAUAUACUGCGAGACUUGCCGCUACUUGCCUUCAGGCUUCAUCGCAGCGGUAAACAGCGAAGUGUUUGGCCAGGCUUUUACAAAACCUUCAUCUCGAAGAAGAUCCAGCUUAAUUCCGUUGAGCUUGGGCUCUUCGCCAGCUCCUGCUUGGUCUGAGGUCAAACUAAUAAAACUCACCGAGGGCCUUGCAGGAUUACUGGUAUGGUGUAUUGCUUUUGAACGUGGAGACUGUUUUGGGUCAUUUUACCGCCUUCUUACUAAGGCAGCACAGUACGCCUAUCAGACAGCACAGAGCGAAUUGUUUUUGGCGUCAGCAAGGGUCCUGUCCAAAGUUUAUUGCGGAAAUUCUCGCCAAGUAGUAUUCCAGGAAACGAAUGAUGUUGAGGGAAUAACAAUAGCCUUGAACAAAAACUCCAGGGCUGCCUCGACGUUGGAAAACAAUGGUUGGUCAUACCCGGAAACAAUUAUUUAUUUCAAUGAAGCGCAAUCUAAGGUACUCAAAUGUGACGCAUAUUCUCCUGAGCUGGUAAAAGAUGAUUUUGUUACUCCAGGAGCGGUAGAUAUCAGAACUUGGAUCUCUACUGCUAUAGACAUGAUCGGAAACCCCACUACAUGGGAGGUUUACUCAUAUCUUCUAACUUUCAUGUGCCCACAGUUCGCCAAUUUGGUGGCUUUGAGAUCUAUCGAUGAUCUGGUCGGAUUGUACCGAGAUGUUAUCUGUCGUCAUAUGAAGUCCGGCCUUCCUUCAAAAUUGAAAAUACCGAGCGGUUUGUGCACAGACAACCUUCAUGCAGUGUAUGUCAGAAGUCUGUCACCCCUCCUAGCAUACCAUAGUUAUCUGCCUAAGGAUUUUACAGAUGGUAUUGUUGAGUCUUUACUAUAUGGGCUACAUACCAAAGAUAGCACGCUUACCCUCUCGCUGCACUUGCUUACAAUAUGCUGCCAGGAAAUACCAGGAUCAGUGAAGAAACUUUUGACUCCAAUACUCGUGCAGCUGCAAACUCGAGUAACAAGCUCAAUGUGCACUCCCGCAAUACUGGAGUUCCUUCUAGCAUUAUCCAAUUCUCCAUUCAUUACAUCCCAUUUGACUGCGGAUGAGUUUAAAAGGGUAUUUGCCAUUGCCUUUAAGUUCAUUCAAAGUUCUAGGGACCUCAAGGAAAGGGCACAAACGCAAAAUAUCAUUCAGCAAAUAUCCUACUUGGAACAGGCCGCAGAUUCAUCACCUUCGACUCACUCUUUCAAGAUCACCGCGUCUGUCGCCCACUUCUUCCUUACAUUAUCAUACAAAGUCAUUUCAAGCUGGUUUUUGAGGAUGAAGCUGUCAAACCGAGUGGAGCUGGCUCCAUUCGUAGUGAAGUGCUUGGUUAGUAGCGCUUCGGAAGCAGAAAGCAAGGAUUACGACGUCAGUGCGCACAUAGAUAUUAUUUCACACUUGACAGCCACGCCUCAUGGCCCUAGCUUCCCCCAUAGAAUAAAUGAAGAUCGGGCAAACGAGAGCAACGACGGGUAUGAUUUCGGUAGGUGGAUCCUAUCUGACAAGAUAGUAAGCAUUGAAACAGAUAUCCAAACGGGUGAUUCAGUCAUAACUAUGAGGAGCCCCUCGAGCUCUGAGGUUUUCAAGUUACAAUUUGAACGAUCGCAAAUCCCUAAACCGUAUGAUAUUUUUCGCAUCGGUCAGGAGGAGGAAGAGGAGCCUUCUACGGAGAAGUUCGAACAAUUCAAAUUUACUGCCAGUUUUGUUCUAACACAAUUAGGAUGUGUUGGUAGACACCCUGUCAAAGUGCCAGAUGACAGUUCGAUUGCAAGAUCAGUGCACCUUUUUGACAAAACCCCGGUCAGUGAAUACCACAAAAUUGGACUGAUCUAUGUGGGUCCGCAGCAGGAUUCUGAGGCUGAAGUGCUUUCUAACACGAACGGCUCGUAUCAGUAUAAGCUGUUUUUGAGUCGCUUAGGACACCUUGUGAAGUUGAAAGAUUGUAUGAAUGUGUACACUGGUGGGCUAGAGCCUGAUGUUGAUGGAGAGUUCGCGCUUGUUUACAACGCGGAGAAAACGCAGGCUGUUUUCCACGCGGCGACGCUAAUGCCAAACAACCCACAGGAUGACCAAUAUUCCAUGAAAAAACGGCAUAUAGGAAACAACUUCGUGACUAUUUUUUUCGAUGAAUCUGGCAGUGCGAGCUUCGACUUCAACAUUAUCAAGAGCCAGUUCAAUUUCAUCAACAUCGUCAUUAAGCCUUAUCAGGCGACCGACACUGGGAAGGGGAGCAAACAUUUUAAAGUUCGCAUGUACCGCAAGGCGGGCGUCCCUGCGUUUUUUUCGACGUCACACUUCAAGAUUCUAAGCGCGGAGAACCUAGCGAAAUACGUGCGGCAUGUGUCUCUCAUUGCAGACACCUUCUCCACCUGCUGGUUCUCAGCUUCUGCGCCUGAAGUAUGUACAACCUGGGCAAGACGGGCGAAGCAAAUGAGUUCGAUUAGAGAAAAAACAUUGAAAUGGUAUGAAGGCCACGGAGAGCCAGUCUCUCCACCAGACUUCGCUAGCGUUGUCGAGGCCGCUGGCGGUCUGUAG